CAUCCAAUCUCAGCCUUCCAAUUCAGCAUCUUAUUCUCUUUACUACAUUUUUUUAACCACGAACGAGGCCUCGCACACCAUCGCUGAAUCUUCUUUUAUCACCACGUGCUUUGUCCAAACCAUAUCAUAAAUGCACUGAAUCAUCUCCAUUGGUACGUGUUCGACAGCCGCUUCAAUGGCGUCUCUGAUUUGUACAUGUGGGGUCCUUUUGCUUUCUGAUGCUCUGAGGUGGGGUGCGAAAAGCCAAGCGAAAGUAACAACGUGGCCAAUAACAUCGUCAUCUUCUUAGCAUAGAUAGAUAAACAAAGAGAGGUACAGCAUACACAAAUCCAAACCCAAUAACGUAAGCAGACAGUUUACAUAACCGCCGUCGCCGUUGCCGGAGGAGACAACCAUCAAAGCCGUCAAUGGGUGCCACAGAACCUGUUGUGGAGAGAGAAAGCGAUGAAAAUGAAGGGAGAGAGGAGAAUGUGGAGAAAGAAGAAGAAGAAGAAGAAGAAGAAGAUGAAGAAGUGAAGGAUUUGGAGAAAGGUGAAGUGGGUAUUGACGAAAAAGUUUUUGAGAGCAAUAAUAUUAAUAAUAUGAAUAAUCAUAUUAUUAAUAAUAACAAUACUAAUCAUAAUCAGAGUGAUGUUCAGCUUUCGAGGUUGCAGAGGUUGAAUCCUAGCAACCCUUUGAGGAUUGUUCUCAAUGCUUCUACCAGAGUUGCUACUCCUUCACCUUCUCAGUUUUCUCAGGCUUCUACUGUGCCUCGUUCCACUCCAACACCACAACAAUCUCUAAUAACUCUAAAUUCAAGAAAAUACACCGACAAAAUAUCUCUGUUUCUGUUCCUUCUCCAUAUGGUUGUAGCUGUUGGACUAGUUUGUUUUCUUCUAUUCAAGGGUGUUCAAGGGCUUAUCCAAGCUUCAGAUAGUGUUCAAAGGAAAGAGAAAAGGGUGUUGAAGUAUCUUCUACCACAAGUCGAAGCUGCAUCUCUAUUAAGUAUUACCCUUGCAUUUUUAUGGCAAAAAGCAGUGAGGGAAUGGCCUCGGUUCAUGGUUCCUUUCAUAUUAUGGAGCACUUUCAUUGUGUCAUUAGCUGCUGGGAUUCUCCUAAUUUGCUUCCAAAAGCCUCCCACUGAUGGUCUUGGAGUCUGUUUCCUUUUUUUUGCAAUUGGCAAUGGAUUAUAUGCUUGCUGGGUGACUCGAAGACUUAGAUUUUGUACUGAAGUGUUGAACAAAGCACUUGAACCUGUGUCCAAAUUCCCUGACUUGAAUCAACCCACUUAUUGGAUGCUUGGCGCUGGGUUCAUGUGGAUGUCUCUUUGGAUUUUCGCAGUGAUUGGGGCUUUGAAUUUCUAUUUUACUCCAUUGAUUAUAAUUCUUUUAGUUCUGAGCUUGGCUUGGACUGCUGAAGUAAUGAGGAACGUUGCGAAUUUAACGGUUAGUAGGGUGAUUGCUCUGUAUUAUCUCAGAGGAAUGCAAUCCAAUACUCAGUUUUGUUUCCAAAGAGCCUUGACUAAGAAUCUUGGAAGUGCUUGUCUUGGUUCUCUCUUUGUGCCUACAAUCGAAGCCUUGAGAAUCGUUGCUCGGGCUUUAAAUUUACUUGAGGGGGAAGAUGAAUUCAUGUUUUCUUGUGCACAUUGUUGUCUCAAUGUCAUGGAAUCCAUAUUCAGAUAUGGCAAUGGCUGGGCCUAUGUACAGAUAGCUGCAUAUGGAAAAGGGUUUGUGAGGGCAUCACAAGACACCUGGGAACUCUUCAAAAGGCAAGAAAUGGAAGCCAUUGUUGAUUCCGAUAUGACCAGCGCGAUUUGCUUCCUAACUGGGGUCUGCAGUGGCUGUAUUUGUGUUAUUGUUGUGGCCGCUUGGACAUCCAGCGUGCAUCAAAAUUUCACAGCCACCAUUUCACUCUUAGCAUUCUUCAUAGGAUACCUUAUGACCAGAAUUUCCAUGGCAUUACCUCAUGCCUGUGUGAGUUGUUACUAUGCCUGCUAUGCAGAGAAUCCAGACAACAGGUUAUUCGACAAAACAAUCAAGGACCAACUCAACUUGAUGAAAGCUGACCGCGAUGUCGUUGUGCCUACACCACGAGUUCCACGCAGAUUUAGAGCAACUUAAAAUGUGAUUAAGGCCCCCAUUUUUCCUAUUAACUGUACAGAUAUUAAGUGGGUCUGGUUUGGUCAUGGUUUACAAAAUAUACCAUAUCAUGGUGGCUCUCAAUGUGGGGGGGUUUCUGAAGAAUCAAGGCAAGCUAAAGAAGCUCAAAAAGUUGGAAUAUGCAGAAUGAUUAUGGUGGUGGUGGUGGUAAAGAAUUUUGAAUGAGAAAGUUUGAACCAUUAUCCAGAUAUGGUUUUAUGGUGUUGGGAAGGAAUUUGAAGAGUGCCCACUGAGAUACCAAUCGACCAAAAGUCUAUGAAGACAAAGUGUCUUUUGGGGACCUGAUCUUUAUAUUAUAAUCUGCAUAUACUUUUGGCAUAUUCCAUGCUUAAAAGUGCCCCUCAAUUAUUUUAUUAUUUUGCCCAACCUCUAUAAGACCCACCAUUAUUUCUCUGUAAUUAUUCAAUUAUUUAAUUCCAUAUCAUUUUGUAAGAAUCUCCACGAGGUUUGAUUGGAACUCUCUUUCUCUCCUGUGUUAAAUGAAUUAAAAAGUAGCCUUUUUCCCUACAA